AUGGACUAUAGCGCCUCUAUACACGAGACCGAGGACCCGGCGGCUUCUCCAUGGGGCAAUACUCCAGGCUCCUCUCCUCAGCAUGAUCGCACGACCUUUGGGAGCAUCACGGGCGAUGCUCAUGUUCCCGCGUUCCCGUACACCCCGCAAUCGUCCAACGGCCUGGGGCAUGGCGGAGAGGACUCUUUCCCAGUGUCUGGUGUAGCCACGCCUGCACCAGCCGAGCAAGACGAGGCCGCAUUGGCUGCGCAUCCCGAAUCCGGAGAAAUUCCUCAGUCUGCUGGAUUUGAGGGACCUCCCCAACCAGGUGCUGCGACAGGCGCUCAGCCGGAAGAGCCUCGAAAGCCCCCGCAGCCCCAGUUCCGGCUGCAGGCGAAGAUUACAGGAUUGGAGCGGACAGGAAAGAAGGAUCCCAUCCUGAGAUUCGACGUACAUACAAACCUGCCCCGAUUCCGCACCACCCAGUACCGAGAUGUCCGACGAUUGCAUUCCGAAUUCGUCAAGCUUGGCGAGCACCUAAUAUCUGCUAAUCCCGAGGCGCUGGUGCCCGCGGUUCCUCCUGCCAUCACAUCAGCUGGUGCCGGCACAGAGGAGGACGAAUCCCGAGUCAAGGCUUUGAUGCAAAGAUGGUUCAACUACGUGUGCGGGAACGAGGUAUUAAUGAGAGACGACGAGAUGGUGCUUUUCGUUGAGAGCGAUUUUGGCUACAGCCCGUUGGUGAAGAGGAAGCAGCCCGCAACUGGUGUUCGCAGGAAAAUCUUGAAGCAGUUUGCUCCGCCUCCCGAUGAUACCCCUGAGCUCGCAGAGGCUCGUCCCAUCGUUAAACUGUUUUAUCUUGGCACGAUGGAUGCAGGCCACAAGGUUGACAAGCUCGUCAAGGCUAGAAGAGGUCUUGGUCUUGCCGAGUCUGAUUAUGGUGUGAAACUUGGCGCCAUGCACGUCCAGGAACCGCAUCCAGGCCUGGCAAACGCCUACAAGAAGCUUGGCCGAGUCAUUCAGACUGUCGGCGACUACCACGCCGCCCAAGCCACAGCCGAGGCAGCUACCAUUGGAGACCCAUUCCAGUAUCAUUCUCAGGACGCCUUCAUCGUCAAGGAGACCCUCACCAACCGACAGAUCCUCAUCCGCGAAUUCCUACAAGCUCAGGAAGUCACGCGGAGCAAGCUAAAUGCCGCUGAUCGCCUCAAAGCCAGCUCCAGCGUCAGACGCGAAAAGGUCGACGAGGCAAUCUCAGCACUUGACGAGGCCCGAACAAACGAAACCCACCUCUUCAACAAGACAAGCCGAGUCACCCAGACCCUCGUCCAGGAGCGCCGCAGAUGGUUUGACAGGACAGCCAGCGACCUACGCAUGGAAAUCCGCGAACUCGUCCUCCGAGAAAUUGAAGCCGAGCGUCGAACCCUGGCCCUCCUCGAAAGCGUCCGAGCAGACGUCCGGUCCAUCGACGCCUCCGGUGGCCUCAGCCGCCUGGGUCGCGAGUCCCACCCCACCGUGCGACGAACCAGCCUCGCUGCCAGCCAGGGUCCUAAGGGCGAUGCUUGGAGCGGCGUUCCUCGUCGAUCGGACGCCACGAGCCGCACCACUUCCGGCGUCGGCAAGCUGGCCGAAGAGGCUGAAGGAGAAGACAGCCAGGAGUCUGGUUCAGGCAAGCUUGGCCCCGGCCUCGGCAAUCUGGCUGGUUUGGAAGAAGAUGACGAGGACCGAAUUGACGCGCGGAAUGCGGCGAGUCGGCUGGCAACGAGCACUUUUUAG